AUGGCUAUCAGAACUACUUCUCUCCUCUUGACUAUUCUCUAUGUCACGGGCCUAGUUCUAAGUGCCCCGACAGCAAGGGAUGGUUCUUCACCCCUUGCCGCCAUCACAAAGCACUCCCAAGCUGCAUCUAAGCGAGACUCGUCUGCAGAUCCAAAGAAACAUCGUAUCUUCAGAGUCGACAAGGCUCUGUGGGAAAAGGUUUCCAAGACUGACCAGCCAACUAAAUACUUCCUCGACGCAACUCUCGAGCUCCUCGAGACGAGCCAGAACACCGAGGUUGUGCCUGUCUUUCCCUCUGAUGACAAGGGGAAGUCCGUCAUUGUUGACACCAAUGGCGAUUUAAUGGCGUCCUAUGGUUCAGAUAAGUUUGUUCCUGUCUGGAGCCGGGAGAAAAAGCACCAUGGCUUCCAUCGCCACCGUGCCUUUGGCCAACGGUUUGCUCUCUUCAUCUUGGGAUUUUCUCUGGCCCUUGCCCUUGUUUGCUCUUGCAUGAGAAAUUUGUACCGUCCAGCAGAUGAUUCUGAGGAACAAGAACUUGAGCCUAGUACGGUCGAAAAGGGGUUGGAUUCCAAGAAGCAGGAGUCGUAA